AUGUCUUCCAAGGCCGCAACUCCCGCUGCUGCCACCAGUGCAGACACUGCAGACACUGCUGCAGACAGCGCUGCUGCCACUAGCGCUGCUGCUGCCACCACCGCCGCCGCAACUUCAGCCAGUGCCAGUGAGCCUGCCAGUGAGACUUCUGCGGCUCCAUCGACCUCGGAAACUUCGACAACAGCCGCGGUACCUUCAACUUCCUCGACUUCCUCGGAAGUCCCAACCACCAGCGCAGCCCCAUCCACUACCAGCACUUCUUCAACAGUAGAGUCCACCACAUCCGUUCCUUCAACUACAAGUGAACCCGCGACGACAUCUGCGCCCUCGACUACGGCCGCGCCCAGCACCACUUCCCAGGAGACGACCAUUCUCUCCUCCACCGCCAGCGACACCAAUGGAGGAACCACAGUGGUGUAUAUCACUUCCACGGCAUCGGCGAACCCCACGAAUACCUCCGCGGGCGUAUCUUCGACCGGCAGCUCGGCGGCAGAUUCGAGUGCAACUGGUGCAGCCGCCUCUUCGUCCGGUCUUUCCACCAACGGGACUAUCGCCGUCGCUGUUGUUGUCCCCGUCGUGUCCGUCGCUCUGAUUAUCCUGGCCGCUCUAUUUUUCUGGAGGAAGCGUAAGGCGAACAAGGCCGCCGAGGAAGAACGCCGCAAGGAAGUCGAAGAAUAUGGCUUUAACCCGAACAAUGACCCGACUCUGCCCGGCAUGGGAGGAGUGGUCGCCCCUAAGGAUGAUACCUCCUCUGGCUAUCGCGGAUGGGGUACCACCUCUGCUGGCCGUAAGGCGUCCACCAACCUCUCUAGCGGCAUGGGUGGCCUCCCCAUGUCUCACGGAGCCACCCCCAGCGAAGGCACUGUGCAAUACUCGGACGGCGCCCGCCCGGACUCCGGCGAGAUGGAACCCAUUGGUGUGCUGGGCGCUGCGGGUGCAGCCCCCGUAGCGGCCAACAACCGCAAUGGCGACAUCCACCGUGGCCCGUCCAAUGCCUCCUCUGCCUACUCAGCGGCCAACCGCUCGGAGGCCUCCGAGGAAAGCCACAUGUCCGCUGCACACCCCUCUGGAGGCUACUAUGGAGAGAACCCCUACUAUGGGGAUAUGAACACCCACGGUGCUUACGGGGGUGAAGACUACCAGCCUGUCAUCCGGGAUGUGCAAGCGCGUCGCAAUACUCGCAUUGAAAACCCCGGUGUCUACCCUCGCCAAGGCAAUGCUGGUAUUGCCCAGAACUUCUGA